AUGACAAUAGAUAUUUCUGUGAUCAAGUUCUACUUCAUAAAAAGUCAACUUCUUUUGUGUCUCGUUGAGCUUAGCUUUGGCUAUGUUCAGCUUUGUAUGAAGAUCUUGGCUAUGCCGUUACCGGGAAAGCUAAUCUCCUUCCUCUUGUUAAAAGGAGCGCCACCUGGAGCAGUGACUUCGAUGGCUUUGGUCUUACCGUCGUUACCCUGUGUGAUGUCCAACUCAACCGCAUCGCCAACUGUUAGACUCCGGAAGUCUUCGACUAAUUGGUGCAGAAGAAUAAUGGAAAGGCGUUCUAUUAAGAGAAGAAGAUUCUUGCAGAGGAGCUAUGAUUAA